AUGGAACACGAGUACACCGAGGCCAGUUUGGCCCUGCGUGGCCUCAAGACGACUGACCUUCGCCGUGUGCAGUGCUUACGCGAGGUUUCCACCGAACUAGACUUUGAUGUCUUUCUUGCCGCCAUCGAAAAGCGUGAAGAGGGUUAUCUCAAAGGCGACUGGUAUUUGCGAUAUUUUUCGCGCCGCCGGUCUCGCAACGGUCCAGGUGAUAAUCCCAGUUUGGACCGGCACAAAAUCGGCGAAAGCUACAAAACGUCCAUCAUAAUCAAGAAGCUUGUCGACUUGGAUGGCGUCUUCCUCCGCUCCGAAAUGGCGAUUGAUGAAAAAGACCUGAGGGUGAAUCUAAUUCCGGGGGGUGAUCCGUUCAAGGGUGUCGACAAUCGCAAGGAAGAGAGGUACGAAGGAUUGGAUUCAACAAAUCCAACCUUCACCCACUUCUACCGCACAACCGCACCGCUCAGCCCUUGCUGCGCUAAUUAUUACGCAGAGAAAUAUCUACUUGCCGCGUGCGAGCCGACUCGUCGGCAGUACGCCGUAGAGACCAUGCGCCGCCUGGCGAGGAUUGCUUGGGGCGAUGAUGCAGCAGUUUUUGUGAAAGCCGAUAAGGCCAUAAUCCUGCUGGUACUAGAGGCAGCUGUGGUGUGCUGCGAGUACGACCUGUUUAACGAUGUCCUUGGGUUGGUUGAUGCCGCGGCUGUGAGCGACAUUUUCGACCUUGUUAGGGCUAAAGAUCUCAAGGCCAUUUUCAAGAAGGAGGGCUAUCUUCGGGAAUCCGAUGGUGCCGGGAUCAUGAACAUGAUAAACUCUCCGCAAGACUAUGGCUUGUUCAGGACACGUGUUCUUCCAAUUCUCGCGGCGGCUGCCCUUACCAGACCACCUUUCGUUUUGGGUGCGCUGCCAAUCUUGACCUCGUGGGCCUCCAGCGAGGAGUUCCCGCAACCCGAGGUAUUGGAUAUGGUUAAAUGGCUGAGCGAGUCUGUAAUCGUCGGGUUAGAUAUCAGAGAUCUCCGCAGCCACGCCGCUCUUCUCAUGGCAGACCCGCAAUCUCUGGGCACUUCUCGUUCCACGAGGACCCGGGACCUCACGUCAAAGGAGCGCAGCCUGAUUGUCAACCCCGCCACGCUCGCCAACUUCACCAGUACUCUCCUCACCCACUCCUGGGACGACCUCCUGACUACCCUCUGCCAAAGGAUCGCUGCCCAAACCGCCACCAUCUCCACCGCCGAAUGCCCCCACCUCCGGCUCCCCUUCCUCCGCCAUCUCCUCCCCCCAGCCGGCACACCCUCUCCGCACUACAAACUUCUCACCCACACCCUCCUCACCGCCCACCUUACGCACCACGUCGGGCCCGAACCCCCACACGGCCCCGCCUCCCUAGCCCUCGCCCCGCAAACCAGCUGCUGCUGCUUCUCCUGCGGCUUGGUAAGCAAGUUCCUCGCCUCGCACCUCGAGGGCGAAGCCCGCUUCAAGCUCGACGCGGACCGCCGCGAGCAUGUGCGCCGCGAGCUGCGUGCCUCGCAUGCCGAGGAGGUGGUGAAGCGCGAGACGAACUGUGGCGAGCGGCAUGACACGUUUUUUUCUUUGUGCCGGGAGGAGAAUGACGCGUUGCUGGUGACCAAGGUGGCUGCGCGCGUGCGGCGGGAGCGGGAUGCGUGGGAGGAGAGGGUGGAAGAUGCGAGGAAGUGCUUGCAAGAGUUUGCGGAGGACGGUGUGUUGGGGAGGGUUGUUGGGGGUGAUGGUGGGGGGGGUGUUGGGACGUUUUUGAGAGACAAUGAAGUGGAGCUGUCUGGCAUUGGUGUUGGUGGUUCGAGAGGAGUGAAGAGGAAGGAGGAAGGCAGAGGGGGAAGUGGAGAUGGUUGUUAUUGA